AUGAUAGUGGGACAGAUUGAACGUAGACAUCAUCAAAAGAUAUUAGUAUCAGCUUCAACUAUUUGUCAGAGACGAUUGGUGUUGUUGCCAAAGACGACAACUACAAUAUGUUCAAAUCAACAACAACAAUAUAGUUAUCAAUAUAAUCAACCAUCAAAUAAUAGAUACAUUUCAUCAUCAUCAUAUUCUACAUCGUCAAAGAAUAAUAAUAAGUUAUUUGAUACACAAGAUGAAGAGACAAUUGACAAUACAUUAAAACUUGACCUAUCGAAACAAAAGUCAGAAUCAUAUAAAUGCGCACAACCAAGACUUACAUCGGAACAUCUCUCCACCAUCAAAGCCAACACCAACCCCAAUCUAAUGUACUCUACUCUCCCACUUGUUCCAAACAAAUCCCUAUCACUCUCUCGAUUUGGGUACAAUGUUGAUGAUAUUCAUUAUAUUGAAUCUGAUCAUAGAGCAUCAUUGAUAUAUGCAUUAAAUAAUGGAUGUAAUGUUAUUCAUUCAAAUAGAAAUGAUUGGAGACAACCAUUGGAUGUAUUGGAUUCAGUGUUGAGCGAUUCAAGUGUAUCGGUGACAAGAAGAGAUUUGGUGUUUGUACAGAGAUCUCAAAUCAUUGAUUCACGAGAAUUACUUGUCUCCAAGACAUUUGUGGCCGAUCAGAUAAAGAUUUCGUUGGAACGUUUCAAGAUUGCAAUGGUUGAUAGUUUUUUGUUGUCGGUUGAUGUUGAUGCAUUGGUUGGUCAAGGUUUGACGAUAGAUGAGAUAGAAUCGAAUCUAAAGAGACAUUUCGGUGACUUGGAAAAGGAGUGCGGCAAGCGAAUCCAAUCCUAUGGUCUUUCAAGCCCCCAAUUGGUCGAUGGUAACCGUCUCUCAUUGUCUCGUCUAUCGAUACACGAGUUGCCACACUUUAGAGCCAUCGAAUACCCAUUUAAUAUUUAUGAAUAUAGUUCUAUUUUACCACAAUCGACAUAUAGCGAUCAAUCAUUAUAUCAAUUUGCCAAGUCUGGCAAAUUUAAUAUCAGCAACAACAACAACAACAACAACAACAAAAAUGUAAACCAAGAUCCAUUGGUCAUAUUCAACUCUAGUCCUUCUUAUUUUAUGAAAAAGGGCAAGUUGAAUAGAUUCAUAGAAGUAGAGUCACACAAGGACAAGGAUCUAUUAAAACUACUAAAGGAUGCCUUUGACAUUGCCAUCCAUUUAGAGAGAAAGAAUCCAGUGUUUAAAGACACUGUCCAAAUCGAACAGAUAAAGUCCAACCCCAAUCUAAUUGGGUCGAUGCGAUGGGCUCACAUUUUGGUCGAAGAGAAAUCAAGAAACGAAAAACUUUCAAACUAUUGGGAAUGGGAAAAGGUCGCAAGUAAUCGUAUCAAACCAACAGUACAUGAAGCAAUCUUGGCUAUUUUUAGUAAUCAUAUUAUAAAUUCUUGGGGUGGUCAAUAUAAAAAGGCAAUGUUUUCAUUAUUUGAUUUAUAUACUAAAUCAUUGGAAUUUGAAAUCUAUGAAAAACAAAAUGAAAUGAGUAAAUUUAUGGAACAAUAUAAUCUAGGCAACAAUAAUAACAAUACUCCAUUGACCAUGUUCCAAAAGGCAAAUCUUUUAUCUGCAAAGUAUAGUGAUGUAUCUAUCGAACAUUUUACUACGAUCGAUCGUGUAAAAUCAAUCAUUUCAAAUAUCCCUCCAUCAAGUUUCACCAAUCUUAAUCAAAUGGAUAAAUUAAAAUUCUUAUCACUUUGUAAAGAUUUUUCAACCAUGAUUGAUAAUUUUAAUGAAUCCAAAAUAGAAUAA